AUGUUUGAGGACACGUUUAUCUUGCCUCAGGAUCAUGUUGCUCCUGAUGCUGCUCUUACGUCGGAGUCAUCCAAGCUUACGCAAAACGACGUUGCCGGAACAGAUUGUAAAGAGCCUGGCGCAGGAGAUCCCCCACAUGGAUGGGAACGUCGAGCGAAAAAAUCUCAGCAGCACUGGUAUGCACGAAUCUGUGCAUUUCGCGAUGGUGGCCAGAAACGGAAGCAAGCUGAUUAUGUUGCAAAGUGGAAAGCUAUGACAAAUGGACAGCAGGACGCGUUUCGACGCGAAGUCACAGCCAAGCUGUCUAACACUGGCAGCGCUGCCGCGCUUGAGUGUCAACCUAACAAGACUUUGCUGCCAUGGGAAGUUGAAUCGGAUGCGGGCCGAACGAUCCAGUUGCCCCAGGGUUACACAACGGAUGAUUUGGCGCGAGAUUUUGAGCAGUAUUCGCACCACCCUGCAGGCCACGACCAGAAACGGUGGGAGAUGUACGGCUUGCUUCAUUUGUUGCUCAAAGACGCUGGCACAAAAUUGCAGAAGCCUGCUACUGCAGAGUCAGAGCUGAAGGCCUUGAAGAUCAACAAGAAGCAGCUGUACAAAAUUGCCACCAUGUUUCCAGAGCAUCUUCCGUUCGAGUGCCCGCCUAUUUUUCGGAUGGGGCGAACGCCCCAGAGCUCACUCUCCGUUGCUGAAAAAGAAGACCUGUGGACCUACAUCCGCUUUCAUGAGUGCACAGGCUCAUCCCUCUGCGUCCAAGAGGUUGAGAAAGCUAUAGUGGUGAUGAAAAUGGAGAAGAUGGGACAUCUAAGAGAUGAGCCUCCUGUUGGUGAGUUGCAAUCCCGCAUAGAGUCAAUGCUUCCCAAGUACAAUCAUUUGUGGAGAGAUUUGAAGGAAUGGUGCCGCAAAACCAAGCCGCCUUCUGAGCAACUGUCGGUAUCAAAGCUGAAGCUAAAGACUGGCUAUGAGGUCACAUCGUGCACUCCACAGGUGGUCGCCGCAGUGCUUUCUGGUUUAGAGGACAUGUGCACCCGCGCUGGAAUCAUGCGCGAUGGGAUCCUGCUGGAAAAAGAGGCUGGCCGUCUAAUCAUAACUGACGAGAAAGGGUUUUCGGCCCGGGCAGAUGCCAUCGUCAGAGGAGUCACAACCAGAAAAGGAAAGCAGACAGCAGCUGCAUCCACGCCCGUGCUUUCUUUUGAGCACGUGACAGUCACAAGCUUUCUGCCAUGUGUUGGCCCAGCGUUGUCCUUUGUCUUUUUCUUGGAGCAGUGCCUGAUCAAGCCAGCUCGGGAAAGGUAUCCUGACACCAGUAUUCCAUUGAUUCUUAUCCUUGACAGUGGUGGCGGAUCAAACCUACACAUCAGCGUCUCCAUGGCUCUACUGUGCCACAGACACAACAUCAUGCCGUACGUCUUACCGGCCUACACGACAGCUGCCUGCUGCCCACUGGAUUCCAAUCCACACUCUACUAUGAGCAAGCUGUGGAGUGGGUUCAAGGCGGCUUGGGUGCGUCAGCAUGGAAGUUUGAACAUACACCAUGCUUUGGCAGGGAUUCGUCGCUGUGUCAUCGAAGGUCUCAGUGAGACACAAGCACGUGCUGGCUGGGCGCAAUGCGGCUGGACUCCAGGAGAACGCAUUCAGCGCUUCAAAGUGCUCAAUGAAAGAGCUACAGAACUGUUCCACUGCAAGGAUUCCUGGUGCGCACCCACUCCACAAAGCAAAACUUCCUCUGCUUUGUCCAUAGUAGAGAAAGUAAGCCCUCAGAAAAAGUCGUGCUCUGCUGAUGGGCGCAAAGCGAAAGUGUCUGUAGUUGACAAGUUUUGUGGGCAGUGCGGUGCGGCAAAUAGCAACUAUGAGUCCAAGACUGCAGAGCUUUACAAAGCCAAGCGUUCUGGGUGGCUGAAGCCCCCCCAGUUGCUUGAAGUUGCUGCAGAGAAUGCCGCAGAGAAGCAGCUGGCGGUUGGGGUGGGUGAGCUCUUCAAGAAGCUUCGCAGCAAGGACAAAGGGCAAGCAGAUAGUGGACAUCAAGAGCAGGCAUUGGAAGAUCCAUUGCCUGCACCUGGGAAGGGAGCUACUACAAGUGCAGAAAAGAUUGUGGAAGAGGCUGUGGAGUUUGAUUUGAACGAGCCUGACGGCUGCAUCAGUUACAUCGUGGCAUGCUUCCCUGUGGCUGAGAGGGAUGCUGUCAUUCCCAUUGCCACCUUCUAUGUUGACAAUGAGUUGCGGAAGAAGACUGGUAAGGGCCAUCCGCUUUGGGAAGUAUUUCGGAUGAACGUGAUCAGUUCCAAUGUGCUAGGAUUGGAUCGGAGUCGCUGGCCUUUUCGAGCAGCUCCAAAGCGGAGGUUGAGCCGGCAGCUUUGCGAGUGUGAGGCGGCCGACCCAGUGAUGGCGGAAAGAAUCCAGGAUGUCUCCCUUUUGCAGAGGAGCAACGUCUUUGCUGGUGGGUCACACGUGUGGGGCAGCCUGCCCUGCGCUCAUUUGCGCGCAAUGGGCUUGAGCACGCGCCCUCUCCAUUUGUUGACCUUUUUUCAGCCAAGGUUCGCCGACUUAGCAGGUUUUGGCCAUUGGUUGAUGCUGCAAAGUGGCCAGAGGCUUGCGGAAGAAGGGGUGACAUUUGACAGAGAGAAGGCCAUGCUCUACCUCAUCGCAGAGGGAGAGGUUGAGGUCUCUUCUGGUGGCCGUCCGGUGGCCGUGCUGGGCCCUGGGAACCGUGUCGGGGAGGUGGGUUACCUGCUGCAUGAAAGCGAGUCCUCUCGAGCAUCUUCCGCCACGGUCACCGUGCGUGCUCCCAGCGUGCGAUGCUUGGCCAUCCCUUUGCAGGAGAUUUGCACCCUCCUCCAGCGGCGGGCGGACUUGCGGCAGCCCUUGCUGCAGCUGUUCACGCGAGAUCUUUUGAUGAAGGAGGCGGCUGUGAGCAAUGAGGCUUUCGAGGAACGACGCUACAAGGCCGUCCUGGAAGUGGCGUGCCCAAUGGUGCAACAUCCAGGGGUGGCCUCCGGCUUGGCAGCCUACCGGCGCCGGAACAGCGUCUCUGAGAAGGAACACCAGCGCUUGGCGCUGACAGUCCCAGGCGCAUGGGAUGAGUCCCGGCCCAAGCUACUUUGGAGCCCAGGUGCCUUCCUUCGGUCCUUGACCUCCGAGCCAAGCACCGGAGCUGAAAAGAUGUGCGCGCUGACAGAGCGCGGCGCAGCGCUCGGGCAGAUGAAGUAAACGAAAGGCAGAUAAACGCCAGGCGGAGACAGCCCUAUCCCUUUCCUUUGAACAUACUCAGCAUCUUCAGUGGCCUGAAGCCAGUAUGUGGCACCUCCCAAACGGAGGGUCGCGAGAGAGUCAGAUUGAGAUGGAUCACCGUGGAAACCAUGUUUAACUUUCGAUCAGUUUGAGACCAUGUCAAACCAGCUUGAUUCAAUGCUACUCAGCUAC